UCCGCUGGAGGGGCUGAACUUCAACAUCAGGCAUAGUUCAAGAUCACACAGUCUCCCGCACUCCUGCAGUUGUGGAUGCUGCACUAAGAGUGACGGACUAAACCGAGCGUGUCCAUCAGUUAGACAUGCACCUUAGAGAAUCAGAUUUUAAGCUGUACAAACGGGCAGCGGCUCACAUGUUGGAGGGGGACCGAAAAGUUUUCUUCUGUGUGUAGUUAAGGGGAGUUUUUGUUCUAAACCAAAAUCAUGUUCACAUCCUACAUAAAGAGUCUGAAUGAUAUGGUAUUUACUACGUCUGAGAGUCCAGAAGAGCAGCCGAGUACCGGAGUCUUGGGUCGCAUUGGCAACUGGCUCUCUCCGUGGAGGGGAAAAGCUUCAAAGAGUCAGACUGAAAAUGCCUCCUCAACCAGUGAUCACAAGUCAGAGGGAGAGGAGGAGAGUGAGGAGUUCGUGAGACCCCAGGCGGGGGAACCACGGUGGGAGGAGGAGAAUCCCAAUUCACUGCGUCUCCACGGAGACAUUUUGCCUUGUGAAGAGGAGGACGCCACGCAGUCUGCCCGCAGACACGGCUCUGGUGUGAGCAGCACUGAGACAAGAGAGGGAGGUCCAAAAGAGGAGGAGUCUGCAGAGUGCAGGAACGAGAGAGCAGGGCAGGGCAAGAAGAGGGUGGAAAGCAGCUAUGGUGCUGCAGUGAGUGGGAAUCCUGAGAAGAAUGCCGCUCAUCUGACACAUCUCUCUACCUCUUCCAAAAAGGGAGUGGAAUGCCACUCUGACCAGGGCCGCACCCAGCCUGUGUCCCACAGACAAGCACAAGUCCAAACAGGUAGGAAGCUCCAUGUGUACCUGGAGGAGACCAGCGUGGUUCAGUGUGGCCAAGAUUCCCGUGCUGGACAGCAAGUCGUCUGCACCAAAGUCACAAAAAGCCUGCAGGUUCUCUCCAAGGCAAAGUCACUACCAAGCUUUGAUUUACAGAACAGCUCAACAAGUGCAGAGAGCAAAGGGACAAAUGUGAGGCCUGGUGCUGAGGCACAGGAACAUUACAGCGCUCUAAAGGGAGUGUCACUGAAAUCACACAAAGACUCGCAGUCACAGCCUGAGCUUGACAAAGAGCAAACAGAGACAGACAGCAUGGGGCGUAAAACCUCAGCAAAGAGGAGAGUGAGGAAGAACUCUCAGGGAGAUGGGGGAAACAGCCCUCAGGACAAAGUGCCAACAAAGGCCCAACCUGUGUCACAAGGAAUCCCUCCAUCAGAUAAUUCAUUGACCAGUCCCCGUGGAAAAGGUCCAAGGACUCGCACUGACUCCUCCUCCAAGAACACCCACACCUCACCUGAAGGAGGGAAAAGUAAGACUUCCGGCCCUGAUUCAGUCAAGCAGGUGGUAAACUUCCGGGACUCAGUCAGUGCACCUACACGGGAAUGUGCGAUGGAUGGUGGUGUGGACAUGGAGGACGAUGACAGCCUUUACCAAGUGGAGAGAAAAACAGAGACGCCGGAGUCUAAACGCAGGAGUAUUAAAGUUUCUCAGAGUGAGGUGAAACAUUUUACAAAGCAUGUGCCUUUGAAGAAGAUCUCAGCGGAAGAGAACCAGGAAUGUAAUACAGUUUUAAACGCGGUUGAAGAUAAGGCAGAGAAUAUUCCCACGACAGAGACUGACUCAAGAGCACACGACCAAAAGAAGGCCGGUGAGGAGUCCAAGCCAGUUGUUGGCCGGAUCGCUGAUAAAAUCCACCUGUUUGAGAAGCAGAAGCUUUCAGGGCUGCCCAAGCAGAUAUUCCGAACCCCGAGGAGUGCUGAUGUCUCUCCGAUCAGAAAAGUCACUGAGAGGGUCAAAGCGGACUCCUUUUUGUCUGAUCAGAGGUCAAGAUCGGCCGAACGUUAUGAUGGGGCUCGGUCCAGCUCUGCGUCACCUGCCAGGGAGAAGCCCAUGACGGUCAAGGAGCGAAUGAGGCAAUAUACAGAAGCGUCUAAGUCUCAGGCUAGACCUCGAUCACCAACUAUGAAAGGAAUCUCUAAAAAAUCCUCCUCGUCUUCUGCAGCUGUUGCCUCGGAGUCGCAGAAACUGGAAGGUCAGGGUAAACUGGAUACUAAAGAUAAGAUACAGACAAAAGCAGCGUCAGAAAUAACAUUAAAACCAGAACAACUGGAUAAGGUACGACUAACAGACCAAACGGUGGUCUCUGAGACCUCAGAUCAGGGUACGAAACCUAACAAGGCUGAAGCAGAUCCUCCGGAGCAAGACCAGAGUGAUUCUGCAGAAAUGGCCAGUAGCAUUAGCCCACACUCCAAAGGCCUGAGCAGACCAGGCUCCCGCUCUAAAAAAAAGAAGAGCAGAGAGCCAGCAAGUCCCACCAGCCCAAAUAGUCAAAACAAACCAGAGUGCUCUACAAGUAAGCCAAAGGCCACCGUUGUAAAGCCAGAGCAGGUGCCUGAUAUAAAAGAGAUGGCCUCUUCCUCCAAACAACCUGCAGAGAAAGUGUCAAAUAAAGCAGAUGAACAGCCAGAAUUUAAAAAAGAACCGGAAGUAUCAAAUAAACAGACAAAGCCGUUAGAUGCGUCAUCUGAAAAGAAGAAUAUUGAGAAACUGGUCGCUACAGAGGAGUUACCUGGCCCAUCUGUCAGCCAAGAUGAACCUGAUACUGCCGCUUGUAGCAGCACAGGAACAAAGAAGCCCAUUGACAAGGACCCCGUUAUUUCACCCCAAAAGGAGGAAAAAGCAGAGGCACACAGCCCUGUAUUCACACUGGAAAGAGAAAAUGCCUCUGAGGACAGCAGGGAAACUUCAGCCUCCUCUUCCUCGCCUUCAACUCAACGACCCUUUGAGGAGUCUCCUGCGGAGAAGCAGGAGUCACCUGUUACACGUCCCAAUUUAGAUAAAGAAUUACCUGUGCAGCCUGAAUCAAAAAGCAAAGGGAAGGCACAGGAGCCUGAUGAGAAAGAAACAGCGCAAACACAGCAGCCUCGAAACAAGGACACCAAACUGUUAAAUCAGGUCGCAGCCAACGAUGCGGUGAAAUCUGAAAAGGUGGAGAGUGAAAAAACAAAUCAGACUGAGGGGAAAGAUAAAGAAACAAAAACACCGCAGCCUUCAGAUAGAAAUACCACAAAGGGCAAAGUUUCUCAAAGUGGACAGGGGGUCUCAGGGAAAGGCGGGAGUGUUGCAGCAGUAGAUGAAAGGAGCACAGCUGAAACAAAUGCGAGGUCGGUCAGAGACAUAAAAGACACAGAAGCCAGCCGAGCAGAACCAGCUUCAUCAGAGGUCCCUGUUCAAACACAACACGCCAACGAGACCGUGACUACACACCCUGAAAAAGCCGAUGUUUGUACCAUCAGCCAGACUAAUGAGUCUGCGAGUGGCAUCAAGGGUGAGAAAGAGCAUGCAAAGGUAGAGCCGGCUGUAAAUGUGACUCAGACACAGAGCACAGAAAGCCCUGGAACAGAAACGGGGCCAGGGGUGAUUGCAGCAGAGCCACAGCCUAAUUCAACGUCCGUGGAAAAAAUGGAGAAUUUGCUUGAUGACUCAUGUGCACAUGGUUCUAAUGAUGCGGAGUUCUCCGGCUCAAAACCCGUUACAAAAACAACAACAGAAGUCAAAGAAGUGACUGUAACAGUCGCUAAUGACAUAGCGCCGAUAAGAGGCCAGACUGACAUGACGCAUGAGGCAAAGAAAGAAUCAGCUGCUAAAGAGCCUUCUCCUGUUCCUGUCUGCAAAUCUGAAAGCAGAGAGGAAGCAGGGCAGGAUGACAGGGGAAAUAGUUCCGCUGUCAAAUCAGUGCAGUCAGAAGUCAAAAACUCAGGCGGUGUAAUGAAACCGGCUCCUGUAAAGCCACGGUCUGUGGAAUCAAAUAGUAAAGAGAGCACCAGUGAUAUCACUUCACCCAAGGACGCAGAAAAAAUCACACAGGGCCUCUCAGAUAGCUCUGCUUUCAGCUCCACGGUCAAUGCAAUAGAAAAGUCAGCUGAGAAGACCUGCAGUCCGCCGACCAAGAAAGAAUCUUCAUCUGUUGCUAAUGGUGAUAUGUCCACACAUUCGCAAGUCAAAACGGAGCCAAUCUAUAAGAAGCAGGGUCCAACUCAAGUAGCACCUCCUUCCCCCGAGGCUAAUAAAACGAACUUAACCUCAACCCAGCACUCAACCAUGAAGAAGCUCCAUUUGCCACGAGGACUAAGCAAAGAUGAUACUUCAAAACAGCAAGACUCCCCCUCGAGCUGGCUGGAUUUGGACUUUCCCAAAAGGAAACGUAAAGUCCUAGAGCAAAAGCUGACUUCUUCGGGAAGCGAGAGCAAUCUUUUGGAUACUUCUGCUGAGCUGGAUGAUGACGAUUUUAUUCAGAAAAUCAAGAGCCUUUGUGCACCAUUUUCACUUCCUCCACGCAAGCACAACCACCUCCGGCCACCUCAGCCGCCCUUCGCGAUGCCGGCCAUCAGAGAGGACCGCUUCGAGAAGCCGUUCGACCCCGAGGAGUUCACGUUUGGCUUGAGGAAAAACACCCCGUUCAGCUUUGAAAACACCCCGGGCCUUUUUGCCAAGCGCCAGAACGCGGAUAUAAAGUCUGGCCUGAAGCCCGCCAGGGCUAGUCUGGCAGACAGGAGUAUGCUGCUCACCACCAUGGACUCUCGCCUCAAGGACAAGAACUCUGUCAAGGAGGAGGAGGAUGGCAAGGAAGAGAAGGAUGAUCAGAUCAAGGUGAAGUCUCGCUUGGAGGGGAGCUGUAUCCUCAACAGUCUCACUUUCUCCAGUUUCAGAGCAAAGAAGAAUGAAAUUCAAGCACAGGCAGAGGACACAGCCUCUGGGAAUGUGUCCCCCGCUGGAACCCCCCUGGCCAGCCCUCUACUCCCAACCCAUCCAACUCAUCCUGCCUCAGCUCCACUCAAAGACACAAUGGACAAGCAGGGCAAAGAGGAAGCCCGGGCUGCAGAGUCUGUGGUCAGUGACUCAGGCCCUCCACUUCCUUCUUUUAACGACAUCAAGCUGCCUGACUAUUUAGAGAAGUACCUCCCACUGGAUCAGGCAAAACCAGUCCAGAGCGUGCAAGGACGAGAGCAAGUCAGACCAGAGUUUGGUGGGAAAAUGACCACUCUUGGUGGAGGGGAAGCAGACGUAUCUGUGAAACCAGGUGCGGCGCUUCCCAGCACCGCAGCUCCAUGUGCUCCUGGGAUUCCUCCAACUACUCAGCACCCUAUCCUCUCUCAGACUAAACAGCCUCCAGCAGAGCCAAAGGAGAUAUGCAGAGAUUAUAUAAGGACCGUCAAAGGAUUUCACAGGCGCCCUGGAAAGAUGGUGUUGUUUGAAAAGGCUCAGUUCAGCGGCCAAGCAUAUGAGAUUCACAGGGAUGUGGCAGAUGCUACGUCUCUGCAGCUCUCGCCGCUCACAUCCGUGAAGGUUGUCAGGGGAUGCUGGCUGCUCUACGAGAAGCCCGACUUUCAGGGACGCACCAUCGCCUUGGAGGAAGGGGUCACCGAACUGGCGAACAUGUGGGCCGAGCCCGAGCCGGGGGCAGACCCGCAAAACAGCCCACCGCUGCAGAUCGGCUCCAUUCGACUUGCUGUCAUGGAUUACAGCAUCCCCCGUAUUGAUCUGUUUACUGAACCGGAGGGCCACGGCAGGGUAACGCCAUACCACGAUGAUACAAUAGAGACAGGCUCGUUCGGGAUCCCGCUGAGCACCGCUUCCAUCCAAGUGCACUCUGGGGUGUGGCUGGUGUUCAGUGACCCUGGAUUCCAGGGCAUGAUAGCUGUGUUGGAAACAGGAGUGUAUCCCUUCCCUGAGACUUGGGGAUUUCCAUCACCCUUCGUGGGAUCUCUCAGGCCGCUUAAAAUGGGUGGUUUCAAAGUGGAGAAUCCGAAUGAAGUCAAGGCUGUGGUGUACGAGAAACCUGAGUUUGAGGGCUCCUGUUUGGAAAUCGACAGCGACGUUUUCAGCUUCUGCGACGACGAAGGAGACGUCGUCGCGGAUACGCUGAAGCCGGUCCGUUCUUUGAAGAUCAUCGGAGGCCUAUGGGUGGGCUACAACCAGCCUGGAUUUGAGGGUCAGCAGCACAUCCUAGAGGAAGGAGAGUAUCUGGACUGCUCUGAGUGGGGAGGUUCAGAGCUUCUAUCGCUGAGGCCAAUACUUUCUGAUUUUAUGACCCCACACCUGAAACUGUUCAGCGACAGAGAUUUCGGCAACCUGGGACCGAACAUUGACCUCAUGGUGCCCAUUAGCAACAUGGAUGACACGGACUACGGCAUGAAGACGCAGUCUGUGGAUGUCGUCGGCGGCGUCUGGGCUGUGUUUGAAGAACCAGGCUUUUGUGGCGAGUCCUACCUCCUGGAGAAAGGCCUGUACGGAAGCCCGGAGGACUGGGGGGCGCUGGAGCCCACCAUUGGCUCAAUAAUGCCUGUCGUGCUGGAUGAUUUUGAGAGCGCUACAAAGUUUAAGGUGCUGCUUUUCUCUGAGCCAGGCUUUCAGGGUUCCUCCGUGGCUCUGGAGGACGACGUGGCCUCCCUGCAGGACGGUUUCUCUGUGGCUUCCUGCAAGGUCCUGGCUGGAAGCUGGAUGGCAUUCGAGGGCCGCGACUUCUCUGGCAAGAUGUACGUGUUAGAAGUGGGGAGCUAUCCGGACCUCAGAGCAAUGGGCUGUGUCAGCGCGAGCUCCUCCGUCCUGUCGCUUCAGAUCGUCGGCUUUGAGUUCUCGUUGCCAUCCAUCACUCUCUUUGAGCGGAGUGGCCUGCGGGGGAAGAGGGUGGUCCUAACGGACGGAUGCGUCAACCUCCAGCUGGCUGGAGGCUGCGGCCGCGUCCAGUCCGUGCUGGCGGAAGGGGGCAUGUGGGUAUUAUAUGAGGGAAUCAACUACCGGGGAGCUCAGAUUUUGCUGAGACCUGGUGAGGUGCCAGACUGGCGCAAGUUCAGCAGCUGGCAGAAAAUUGGAUCCCUCCGUCCUCUGACACAGAAGCAAGUGCACUUCCGUCUGAGGAACAGGCAGACGGGGCUGAUGAUGUCAGUGACGGGGGAUUUGGAUGACGUCAAGCUGAUGCGGAUACAAGAGACGGAGGAGACGGACGGUUUCGAGCAGAUUUGGUUCUACCAGAACGGACACCUGCACUGCAAGCUGUUGGAGGAAUGCCGCCUGGGUCCCAGCGGCAGCGUCACCAUCGCAGGGAGCAGAAUGGGUCUCACCCCGGAGCUGAGCGACCGGGUCCUCUGGAGCAUCACGCCUGAGGGCUUCAUUCGGUAUUCGCUCAACCCUGAUCUCGUCCUGGAAGUCAAAGGUGGCCAUAACUACGACAAAAACCAAGUGAUUCUGAACGUGCUCGAUCCAAAUAAACUCCAGCAGCGGUGGGACGUGGAGAUCAUCUGAACACAUGAACUGCUGAACGGGAUCACUGAUACUGUCGGAGACACAGCUCUAUCAGCUCUGCUCGAGACUCAAUGACAAGUGCUCACGGACGAGUACGUCACCGCAGGCGUUCAACCUUGUGCCGCGUGGGGGGGGUGGGGGGUUACAACAUGCCCAACGAAGAGGUCAACCUAGAGAGCAAUGAGGAGUUUCAUAAGAAUGUAUGAAUGCCCACACAAACGUACGAGUGGCGUGUUCUGAACUUGAAAUCCUUUUUUUUUUUUUUUUAAUUUUCAACUUCCACUAAUAUUUCCCCCGAGGUUUAUAUUUUGUCCUUUUGUGGAAUAAAUCUGUCUCUGCCCGAUUAUUGAUUAACUUAAACAGUAUUAUUAUGUUAAACACUCCUACUGCCUUACACUGCAGCCGCAUGCGACAUGAAGCAACAACAAAGAAAAUACUGCAUCGCUUGUGUCUUUUAUUUUCGUUUAAUCCAAACUAUACAACACAGAAAAGGCUUUGUUUUCUGAAUAAUAAAAUUAUUUUUUGUCA